AAAAGGAGAAGUGUACAGACUGAAAGAAAGACACAGUUAAGGUCUUCACUGCGGAUGUAAAGUCAUAAAAUGUCUGAACGAUUGAAGAAGCAUCAGAUAUGGCUUUGGGACAACUAAAAACUGUCUGGGUGGGGCUGAUGGUCUUACUUAUACUGCAAGACUGCCGUGUGUCUGUCCUAUCCAGUGACUGGGCUGUGCGUGUACCCUCUGCCCCGGUGUGUGCCGACGCUGGCUCCUCUGUGGUCCUCCCCUGUUCCUAUAACUUCCCUGAGCCUUACAGGGUACUGUCUGAAAUGUGGUGUCGGGACCAGAGCCGCUGCAUCACCCCGAGGUAUGUAUACCACAGCCAAGGAAUCCUUCCUGAGCUAGCAUACCAAGGCAGGGUGGAGUAUUUGGGAAAAGAAGGAACCAGGAACUGCUCUCUGAGGAUCUCUGAUUUGAGGAUGUCUGAUAAUGGGAAAUACAUGUUCUACUUUAUCACGAACCAUCCUGUGGAGAAACCACCUGAACAGAUUGGAGUUACCCUGCUUGUUGCAGAUAAUUCCAGUGAAGUAGCUGUGUCAGUCAGUCCUUCUGGUGAGGUUGUUAGUGGCAGGACAGUGUUGUUAUCCUGCUGCUGUACCACCCGACUCCCAGUAGAGAGCUACACCUGGUAUAGGACUGGACGCUCCAAGGCUGUUCACAAGGGACAGAUAUGGACCAUUGUCAAUAUCAGCACAACAGAGAGUGGAAACUACUAUUGUGAGGCUCUAACCACGGAUGGGUCAUUUAACUCCUCUACAAUGUAUAUUAAUGUCCAAUAUGCUCCAAGAAACACAUCUGUGUCAGUCUAUCCUCUUGGAGAGGUAGUGUUGGGCAGCUCUGUGACUCUGUCAUGCAACAGUGAUGCCCACCCCCUAGUGGAGAGCUACACCUGGCUUCACAGGACAGAAUUCCAAACAUCAUUGAGAGGGUCAGGAAGGAGUUACAGCAUUGCUAGCAUUCGUCCUGAGGACAGUGGACAGUACUGCUGUGUGGUGGUAAAUAAGCAUGGAUCACACAGUGGUAAUGUAACAAUCACUGUGGUAAAUGCAAAUGGCAAGACUUCUUCUCUGUGGAGGAGGUUGGUGACAGUCGGGAUCCCUGUUGCUCUCACACUGAUCUUCAUAAUAACACUGGCUUGCAUAAGGAUGAAACGUGCAUCGAGUCAUCAAGCAUUGAGUCUCUCAGAGACCACCAUUUCACUGCCUUUAUCAUAAUGAUACAUCAAGGACGACCAUAACAUGCAUAUGGAUGAGACAGCUGCAUUGGCUACAAUUGAUGGAAACUGAAUGAACGGUGGGGAAGUGCCUAGUUUCCAGCCACACAGUUGCACAAAAGUCUCAAUUCAACUCUUUCAAUCCCAUUUUCAAUCCCAAUCCUGUUUCCAUUGAUCAUCCUUGAGAUGUUUCUACAACUUGACUGGAGUCCAUCUGUGUCAUAUUUAACUGAUUGGUCAUGGUAUGGGAAGGCACUCAUCUGUCCAUACAGUGCUAUUACAAGAACCUUACAGGGAUGGUUAUUAAAAUAUUAAAAUAAACCCGUAAAAAACAAGGGCAAAUAAAAAUGUGUAAUAAAGAUAUUCAAAUUA